UGUUUAUUUGUUAUGGACAUGAAUUAGUUAUUUCGCGCUGUCCGCGUCUUUUAACCUUUUUUUCGUGUUUAAUUUUGGCGACAAAAAGGAAGAUGGGACGGGGUUGGAAAUUUUCUUUGCUACUGUUGAUAGUGGGGAUGCUUUGUCAAUGUAAGUAUUCGGUGACUCAAGUCUGUAAACACUGAACCCAAGAAGCCGUUUUAUCGUCUUUCUUCUAUCUUGUCAGUCAUAGGAACAGAGGAAUGUCGUCUUUAAUUUACCGGUGGUCUGCAUUUUACAUGAACACAAUGUUGUGGGAGGGUUCUAUCCGGCGCAAAACACAUUCAUGGUGCUGGCUGGACUAUUACAAUGUGGUUUAUUGUCUCUGUUCAAAGACCCAAAGGAGAGAUGAUCUUGUUCACUGCUAAAAAUUUAUUGUUAAAAAGAGGCAAUGUGUGGUGUAUGGUGUGGAAAACGAAAAUCAUUUAUUGUGAUCCGUCAUACACGGAAGCUGCGUAUUAGUUAGUAUUGCAAGCUGGAGAUCUUUUUUAAAAACUAUUUUCGCGUAUUGUAGCGAUAUUAUCGGUUAUUAGUUAAUAUAUUGCAUCUGAACAACCCAUUCUUCUUUUGAUAUUUAUGACUAACAGGUGCGGGUCAACUGUUGACCAGAAUAACACGAUCAAAGAACAAUUCUAUAUUUAUAGUUUACUGAAGUUAUUCAAUAAUCUAUUUUUAUAUAUUGGUUGAAUCCGUUUAAUUAAAUCAAAACGACUAGCCUGAGAAUACAACCGUCUGUCCACGCUCCUCUUAGCGGCUAGGGACCUUUCCGCAAGAGCUGUAUUCGCAGGCUAGCUGACGACCAACAAAGACAACACACAAAACCGAGCACUUCCAUAUAAAAAAGGGGACACUAACAUUAAUAACUCAAUCUAAAAUAACCCUUUUGUUAUGUACGAUGAUAUUCAUCGCUUUUUAUUGUAGGCGCAACUUUCAAGAAAACUUCCAAGCGGGCGAGGCCACUGAGGAAACUAUCGCACGUUGGACGCUUACCCAAAGGUGGGUCAAUGAUUCCUCGAUUUUCUUACAAUUACCUUUCUGCAACCGAGUUGUGGCGGAGACUAUUGUAUUUGUGCUUUAGUUUAGUGACAUUAUUAUCUUAAUAGGGCACUGUUAUGAAAUUAGAAAUGUAAACCAAAGAUCCUUUCACAACGGAAGCCAUAAAGACUAAAGAUGUUUAGCUAAGGCUAAUUUCUUUAGCUUCUGGUAAACAGUAUCGGAAAAAUCGCACAAAAUUAAUUAUUAUCUUCUUGCUUUAUUUCACAAAUUCUUUUGAAAUCUUCGACUUCUAUGCAAGGCAUGAAUAGAUAUGUUCAUAAAGAUAAAAGAUGAUUAUAGUUUAAACAAAUUUGCAAGAUUUCCCGGAGUGCUUUUUAACUGGAAUUAAAUUCUCUUUAUGCUCAGUUUAAUGGAAUAUGAUUUUUAAAGAAAUAUUUUUUGAGGCAGCCAGGAGAAUGUUCAGUCUGUGUUACCAGUUGAAUGAAAAUUCACAAAUAUCAUGAGCCAUCCGAUCAGGCUUUAUUGACGACGGCUAUAUGUAGUGCUGCUUAGACAUUCUUUGUUUUGGAAAAUUCCUUUCAAGAUGAGUGUGUUAAUUUAGUUUUUAAAGUGUCAUUUUUUAUUUUGCAGCUUCUCAACCAAAGAAUGAAAAUGGACAAAAAAAGAACGCGAUGCAAAGCAUCAUGCAACAACCUUCUCAUGACCAAGUUGCCGGUAAGGAAAAGUAUUGGUGAAUAAAGCUUAAAGAGAGACACACUGCUCCUACUUUAAAUCGCUUUAGGAUUUAGAUUUUUAUAAGCUUAAUUCUCCAGAGAUAAGUAAUGAUAAGUAAUUUUGGACCUUGGUUGAUAUUUCUAAGAAAGUUAUAACCGUUCCACGAGUUUAGAUAAAAGGCAGUUUCGCGAAGUGGUUAGAAAUAGAGAGAGAUCUGGAGCCCUUUCUGGGGGGUUCUUUCGCCAUUUUUUAAGACUGCUGCAUUCUCCUCUUCUCACCUUUGCGGCGAAUUCUCUUUUCUUUGGCUAUGAACUAUUUAGUUCAGAUUUUAAUUUCCGUUUUAAGAUCUUAAAAUUUCUUCGUCCAUUUUUCUUUCACAAAAACGUUUCAAAAAUCAUCCAAAAAUUCUGAAGCAUUUAUUUUGCCAGGGGCUCUCACCAAGAGCCAUACUGAAUAGAGGCAUUAUUCUAUCAAAUGACAUUUAGUGAGAUUUAAAAGGAAGAAGCUAAAAUAUCUGGAGGAGAAAGCAUGGCCGUAAUGCUCCCUUUAUCGGUUUCUUCGUUCUGAAAGACUCAUUAAGCGAGCUUCGGUUGUAUGUUUUUCAGUUGUAUUCUGAUUGGUUACUAAGUAAACAUAUUUUUCCCACAGCAAUGCAAAAUCCCGAGGGUUUACAAGCAAGCGAGACGGACAUAAUAAAUCACCUUCAAAACUAUAACAAGCACUACCUCAACAACGAAAUGGCAGCUGAGACUGGUAAUUAGCACUAAAUCUUUAACAUGAUGACCUCUCGAAGCUAGAACGACGGUAAUGUUCAUGAGGCUAGUCACUCAGUAAAAAUUCCAGUUAUAAUAGACCAAUCAGAAUCGAAAACGUGAAAAACAAGCAACUUUUGCCAUAUAAAGAAACUAAUAGUUGGUUUUAAAAUUCCCGACCUUGUUUGCCUUGACUGGUUAACACCGCCAAUGUUCACCAAUUUUAGAAAAGGCUGGAAACGUUCUAUUCAAAAUAAGUCGCAACAUGGCUAUACCCAAAUUUGUGGGCCAAAAUCGUCUCUAAAACAGAAAAGAGCACUUAGCAAAACAAAUUUGUUCGCAUCAAGCAUAUUAAAAGGCAAAAGGCUUCACUUCUGUUUGGUUUGCGUCAAAAACGCCUUUGUUUAAUAAUCUCGGUGACAAAUCUCGUCAAAUUUUGUUGUAACAUUGAAACCGAGGAUUUUUUUAUGUCACUUCUGCAGUUCAGCCUGCAGUUCCUCCUGGCGAAAUGUCCCUAGCUCGCAGGAGGAGCUAGGAGAAACGGCUGUAUUUGCAGGCUAGUUAAAUUAUCGAUGAGUGUUAGGGUUAGAUACAUUAUGAUAUGUUCUAAAACUUGAGCACUAUGCUUUUGAGCGUCACCCUCAAAAUAAUAGCAUUAUGCCUUAAAUCAUACUCGAAAAGUAGCAUUAUGCUCGACCGAUCUUGGCUAUAUUUGAUACCCUUUUCCAUGCCUGCAGACAAAAAGUUCACCUUCAUAUGCCGAAACACAAUAUUGCACUGCAUCAAUCAGUUACAAAUUUACAAGAUAUAAAAGAAAGAUAAUGCUUAAAACCACUCAAAAUGUCUUCUUUUAAUGGAACUCUCCCUCGUUAGGAUACUCUCUGAUCAGUUUGCUCCUGACAUAAUGAUGCAACGGCGCAACUAGACAUUGAAAGUGGCAACUAUGAAAGCCUUUGGAUAAGUUAAUUCCUUACUAAAAGCACUUGAAAGUUAAAAAGACUUAUAUUUACAGUUAUGGAAUUAUUAAUUUUUCACUAUUUCCUUAAUUCUCUCAAGAAGGUCCAUUAUGCCGGCGUUAUACUCGAUGCUUCGACUAUAGCAUUAUGCCUAAAAUUAUGCCGGCAUAAUGUAUCUAACCCCGGUGAGUGUUAUUUGAUUGCAGGACACUCCCUAGCGGCUCCAAUAAUAAUAAAUUCAUUUCUACUUGAUUUCAGCUCUCCUGGCGGACAAUGGCAUUGAUGAUGAUUCGGCACUUAAGAUCUCCAACAUGGCGGCUUUGCCCAAUGGAUUACCCCAUCACGGAGUACAAGUAGCUAACGCCGCCAUCAAAGCCAAGAUCAGCAGCAGCGUUAAACAAGUUCACGGAUCCACUGACCACCAGCAGGCCUCAACUUCACCCGGGGGAUACGAUCCAAAUGCGUACCUGAACGACGCAAACUCGUGGCCAGAAUACAGCAUUCAUGAUUCUGACUACAGUAACUUCCACGCCGUGGAAAUGAACAACAUAAACGGUGAAAACACGGAUAUGCCUCCCAUGUACAACAAGCCAAACAUGUACGACAAACCAGACGAAAGCCCCGAAAUGGGCUUUCAAAACAUGGGAAGCGAGGGGGGAAUGGAAUAUCUGGGAGAUCAAAAGUCCCCCCAGGGGAAAGCAGAAGGUGGUGCGAUUAAUGAUGAGGUUAAGGAGGCGGAGGAAGAGGCGUUGCAGAAUGAGAAAAUUGAAGAAGAUCAUCCGCAGGAGAGUUCAGAGGAUAAAUCGGAGAGUUCCGAAGAUAAAGGAGAAAAUACAAAGGCUCCAGGUAGUUCGGAUGAAAUGAAGCCAGCUGACAGCAGCGAAGCUAGUGGAGAUAGCAAAGCGCAAGGGGAUGCGAAGGCAGAAGCGCAAAACAGCCAACAAUUGCAGCAAAAAGAGCCUGAAAAUAUCCCGCCGGCUCAAAUCAAAGAUGCCGCCUCACCAAAACAACAAAAUGGACCGCAACCGCAAGUAGCACAGCUGCAUCAGCAGCAGCAGCAGCAGCAACCACAGCAGGAUAAAAGUACUUCUUCAAAGCUGACUUCUGCUGCAGUGGCCAAGGCCGCAGCCGUUUCACUUCCUCCCAAGGCCCUCGCCUCCUUACUAAGCAGAUUAAAGGCUGUCGGGAUUACAAGAGCCCAAAGUCAAGGUCAAAUACAAAAAAACGGAAGUAGUUUCCAAGCUCAUAUACCUCAGGAUAUCAACCCGGCAAAGGAGAUGGCCCAAUCAGCUGCCCAACGCCUCAGCGUUAUGAGGCUGAAGACCAACUGAGUGAUCUAUUACAUCUUUUGCCAAGAAAGAUAGAACUAAGUUCUCUAUCUCAGAUGUUAGCGGAAUGGUAACUGAUCGGUAUCAACAACAGCGCAAUGCACACUGCGGAUACUAAGGAGGGUUUAACCUGUUGUUUCUAGACAAAGACUCGAUUAUUUACGUACACAUCUUGACCAUAAAUAUAAUAAUCAGGAAAAGUCACAAACCCUGAUAAAUUAAGUACGCCAUUUGAAAUAAGACUAUAGUUUGUAGAGAAGACGAUUUGUAUAUUAAAAAGCAUCGACCAUUUGUAAUUGAUUUAAAAAGUGUAAGAAGAGAAAUAAACUUGUGUGGAC